AAUUUCCGCCGAGAGGAAGGCAAUCGUUGUUCUUUCCUCCUCCCCGCGCAAAUCAUUGGACUGACGUUCGGGCAUUUCCGGACGCGCUCGGCUCUUUCCGUCCCUCCUCCCGAGUCUCCUCCCCGAGGUGAAAAAUGGAAGCGGCAACAUUGGAUGUCGGGACGGGAGGAGGGGCGUGUUGAGCAGGGAGAGGACUCAGGAUGUCUGAACCGCUGCCCCUGUCGUACGUGACCGCACAAGAGAUGCGCUGCCUCCUACACUGGCUGUCGGGCUGGGCCCCAGUGCAACGAGAGCAGUUCCUCCGCGACCUGGUGGACAAGGCCGUGCCUUGGAAGGUUCUCCCCCUGCUGGAAGGGCUGGCGGGGCUCAGCGUGGGACCCGGGAAGCCCCCCUCCAUCUUUGAGUGCCAGAUGAGGCUGUGGGAUCAGUGGUUCCGCAGCUGGUCGGAGGCCGAGCGGAACGAAUUCGUCAGGCAGCUGGAGGAGGCCGUGCCGGAUCUGGCCUCCCGGUUUUACCAAGAGGUGGCGGCGACCGCUGGGCAGGCGUAACAGGGGCUGAGUAGUGCCUCCCCCCCCCACUCAAAAACAUUAUGCAGUGACUACUUUUACAUUCCUCGUGGUUGUGCCAGGUUCCCCCCCCCCAUUUUUUCUCAAUCUUAUGUGUGACUGUCAGCUGCAGGGAAACAGAAUAAACGUAUAUACCAAAUGCAAAUGGUUGGUUAUCCUGAAAGGAGUUGAGCCAUCUGUAUUUCUCUGUUUUUUUGAUUGUCAGGGCCCCUUUCGUCUGUCACUAACCUCUCCCUUCCUGCAAACAGAAAUGCAAGAUUGCUUUAUUAUUAUUAUUCAAUUUCUCAGUUGCUUUAUCUUUCCCAGGGCAACCCAAAGUGACUUACAAACAAACAGGCAGUCCCACAUACGGUCAUACCUCGUGUUGCGUCCGCUUCAUGUUGCGUCUUUUCGCAUUACGUCCCGCGGCAACCCGGAAGAAGUACCGGAACAGGUUACUUCCUGGUUCCGCUGCUUACGCAUGCGCAGAAGCGCUAAAUCACGCUAUGCACGUGCGCAGAUGCAACACUUCUGGAUGCGAAUGCUUCGAGUUGCGGACAUGCCUCCGAGAUGGAUUACGUCCGCAACUCGAGGUUCCACUGUACAUACAGGUGAAACUCGGGAAAUUAGAAUAUCGUCGAAAAGUGCAUUUAUUUCAGUAAUGCAACUUAUUAUUAUUUAUUUUUCUUUUAAUUUUUACAAAAUGCUUUCUUUUGGAAAUUUCACAGUAAUAAAACAAAUAGUUACAAUAAUACAAAAAUAAACAUCGCUGUUACAUUUCAUUACUUACAUUCCAUUUAUAAUUGACCCACCUAACGGCAAAUAAUUACAAUUACAACAAAUAUAGGCUUGGCAUAUCUUGCUUUGCAUGUCAUGCAUCUAUCUCAUAUAUUGGUUUCACCUUUUAAAUUGUGUUACUGAAAUAAAUGCACUUUUCGACGAUAUUCUAAUUUUCCGAGUUUCACCUGUACAAUAAAACCAAGCAGGGGAAUAAAUGCAUUAAAAAAAACAUCCCACCCACAGGCUCCUUUGGUUUGAGUAGAAACCAUAUUUAGGAGAAAACUGAGAUGAGAAUAUUUGGUAA